CACUUUUUCUCCGAAUUGUCCAAAUCCAUCACUUAAACCCCAAAUUCAAAAAAAAAAAAAAAAAGGAAAAUUAUAAUGUGAGCUGGUCAAGGCAGUCUUUAAUAUUUUUAGUCGCCGGCGAUCCAACUGAAGGCUAACUCAUUGUUUCAUAAUCUGCUCACACGUUCUCCUCAUCUUCACUUCACCACUCCUCCAAAAACCCCAUUGCAAAGAAGCUUCUCUUUUUAUUACAACAACACAAGUCAGCCAAAGCUAUACCCAAAAAUAUGCUGUGUUUUUUUAUUCUUUUAUGACAUUAAAUAACUAUAAAGUCCACAAAUCGUGAUGUCUUAGAGCUUGUAGUUUCUGCUUCUCACGACUUGGUCUCUAUUUUCUUACAAGUUUUAAAAGACACAAGUUGGAGACCAACGAAAGAGAGGAACAAAGAAAACGAGGUUUUGAAUAGUUCAGAAUUUUAGAGGUUCUCAAAUAAGGCUUUGUCAAGAUUGGACAAAGACAGGGACCUAAACAAAAUCCAUUUAAAGACUUCGCGGUUGUUUUAUAAAUAUAAGUAGAAAGAAAUAGAAAGGUGAGGUUUUGUUAUGUUGGUGUUGCUAAUGCCGAGUCCAAUAUCUGUUUUUUGCUUUAUUUUAAACAUGAUUUGAUCUUUUCUUCCUUAAAGGUAAAUUGGGUCUUUGUUUUCUUUGGGUCUCUUGUUUGGUUGAUAGGAAAAUGUGGGAGUAAGAGAGGGAUAAUAUGAGGUUUUGGAAGAAGGGUAUUUUCUGAUUUGGGUUUUUAGAGGUGCCCUUUUGGCUAUUUAGUGGUUUGCUGCUUGGAUUUUUUGUGAGGAUUGAAGUUCAGAUUUUGAGGAUCUCAGGAUAAUUCUCUGGUAAAAUGGCAUCGAAUUUUAAAGGGAGCCGAUCAUCUUUGUCGAUUUCCUCUGAUGCAGCAGAGUCACAUAAGCCUCCAAUACCUCCAACUGUGACAUUUGCGCGGAGAACUUCCUCAGGUCGUUAUGUUAGCUAUUCAAGGGAUGAUCUCGACAGUGAGCUUGGUAGUAGUGACUUCAUGAACUAUACAGUUCAUAUACCACCUACACCUGACAACCAACCCAUGGACCCUUCCAUUUCACAGAAGGUUGAAGAACAAUACGUGUCGAAUUCUCUUUUUACCGGUGGAUUCAAUAGUGUUACAAGAGCUCACCUUAUGGACAAGGUGAUUGAGUCUGAAGCAAACCAUCCCCAGAUGGCUGGUGCAAAAGGAUCUUCUUGUGCAAUUCCUGGGUGUGAUGCAAAGGUGAUGAGUGAUGAACGUGGUGCAGAUAUUCUCCCAUGCGAGUGUGAUUUCAAAAUUUGUCGGGAUUGCUAUAUUGAUGCAGUGAAAACAGGGGGUGGAAUAUGCCCUGGAUGUAAGGAGCCAUAUAAGAACACAGAUCUGGAUGAAAUAGCUGUGGAUAAUAAUUCCAGGCCACUUCCACUUCCUCCACCUGGUACAAUGUCCAAAAUGGAAAGGCGGUUGUCUUUAAUGAAGUCAACGAAGUCAGUGCUCAUGAAGAGUCAAACUGGAGAUUUUGAUCACAAUCGUUGGCUGUUUGAGACUAGAGGAACUUAUGGUUAUGGCAAUGCUAUAUGGCCAAAAGAUGGUAAUCUGGGAAAUGGAAAUGAUGAUGAAGUUGCUGAGCCAACAGAAUUGAUGAGCAAACCAUGGAGGCCACUUACUCGGAAACUAAAAAUACCAGCAGCUGUUCUAAGCCCAUAUCGGCUUCUAAUAUUUUUGCGAAUUGUUGUUCUUGCAUUGUUUUUGGCUUGGAGGGUCAACCAUCCAAACAACGAUGCAAUUUGGCUAUGGGGAAUGUCUGUGGUUUGUGAAAUUUGGUUUGCUUUUUCAUGGCUUCUUGACCAACUGCCCAAGCUCUGCCCAGUAAAUCGUGCUACAGACCUUAAUGUGUUGAAGGACAAAUUUGAAACACCAGGCCCUAACAACCCUACUGGAAAAUCUGACCUUCCAGGAAUAGAUGUCUUUGUCUCUACUGCAGAUCCAGAGAAAGAACCACCUCUUGUCACUGCAAACACUAUCUUGUCAAUUCUAGCUGCAGAUUACCCUGUUGAAAAACUUGCUUGUUAUGUUUCUGACGAUGGAGGAGCACUUUUAACAUUUGAGGCCAUGGCUGAAGCAGCAAGUUUUGCUAAUAUAUGGGUUCCAUUUUGCCGUAAACAUGAUAUUGAACCCAGGAAUCCAGAAUCCUACUUCAAUCUUAAGAGGGAUCCUUACAAGAAUAAAGUCAAACCAGAUUUUGUCAAGGACCGUCGACGAGUUAAACGUGAGUAUGAUGAAUUCAAGGUCCGUAUCAAUAGUUUGCCUGACUCCAUCCGCCGUCGGUCUGAUGCCUAUCAUGCAAGGGAGGAAAUCAAGGCAAUGAAGCUUCAAAGACAGAACAGGGAAGAUGAACCUGUAGAGAUUGUGAAGAUACCGAAAGCAACAUGGAUGGCUGAUGGAACUCAUUGGCCAGGAACUUGGUUGAAUCCUGCAACUGAGCACUCUCGGGGUGACCAUGCUGGUAUAAUACAGGUGAUGUUGAAACCUCCCAGUGAUGAUCCAUUACAUGGAACUGCUGAUGAUAGGGCCAUUGAUCUCACUGAUGUUGAUAUUCGUCUUCCAUUGCUUGUUUAUGUUUCUCGUGAGAAGCGCCCAGGCUAUGAUCACAACAAGAAGGCAGGUGCCAUGAAUGCCCUGGUUCGGGCAUCUGCAAUUAUGUCCAAUGGCCCAUUCAUCCUGAACCUUGACUGUGAUCACUAUAUCUACAACUCUCAGGCAAUGAGGGAAGGCAUGUGCUUCAUGAUGGAUCGAGGAGGUGACCGCAUUUGUUAUGUCCAGUUCCCUCAGAGGUUUGAGGGGAUUGACCCUUCUGAUCGAUAUGCCAAUCACAAUACUGUUUUCUUUGAUGUGAAUAUGCGAGCCCUUGAUGGUCUUAUGGGCCCUGUCUAUGUCGGAACUGGAUGCCUCUUUAGAAGGAUUGCCCUUUAUGGAUUUGAUCCACCUCGAUCAAAAGAACACCAUCCUGGUUGCUGCAGUUGCUGCUUUUUUGGUCGUAACAAGAAGCAUUCCUCAAUGGCACACACCCCAGAGGAAAAUCACUCUCUGAGAAUGGGUGAUUCUGAUGAUGAGGAGAUGAACCUAUCCCUGCUUCCUAAGAAGUUUGGGAACUCAACAUUUCUCAUUGAUUCAAUUCCAGUGGCAGAAUUUCAAGGUCGUCCCCUUGCAGAUCAUCCAGCUGUGAAGAAUGGCCGCUCACCUGGUGCCCUCACCAUUCCUCGCGAACUUCUUGAUGCUUCAACUGUUGCAGAGGCAAUCAGUGUUAUUUCAUGCUGGUAUGAGGACAAGACUGAGUGGGGACACCGUGUUGGGUGGAUUUAUGGGUCUGUUACUGAAGAUGUAGUCACUGGUUAUAGAAUGCACAACAGAGGAUGGAAAUCAGUUUAUUGUGUGACCAAGCGUGAUGCUUUCCGUGGAACUGCUCCAAUUAAUCUCACUGAUAGGCUUCACCAAGUCCUGCGUUGGGCAACUGGUUCUGUUGAAAUUUUCUUUUCUCGUAACAAUGCGCUCCUGGCCAGUCCAAGAAUGAAGUUGUUGCAGAGGAUUGCCUAUCUUAAUGUUGGAAUCUAUCCCUUCACCUCCAUUUUCUUGAUUGUCUACUGUUUCUUACCCGCACUUUCCCUAUUCUCUGGCCAGUUCAUUGUCCAGACCCUCAACGUCACUUUCCUUACUUACCUCCUCAUCAUUACAGUGACUCUUUGUUUGCUAGCUGUGCUGGAAAUUAAGUGGUCUGGCAUCGCGUUAGAAGAAUGGUGGAGAAAUGAGCAGUUUUGGUUGAUUGGGGGGACAAGUGCGCAUCUUGCUGCUGUGCUUCAGGGGUUGUUGAAAGUGAUUGCUGGGAUUGAGAUUUCUUUCACCUUGACAUCAAAAUCAGCAGGAGAUGAUGUGGAUGAUGAGUUUGCUGAUCUCUACAUUGUCAAAUGGACGUCCUUGAUGAUACCUCCAAUCACGAUCAUGAUGGUCAACUUAAUAGCAAUAGCAGUUGGGUUUAGCCGAACAAUUUACAGUGUUAUUCCGCAGUGGAGUCGUCUACUAGGUGGAGUUUUUUUCAGUUUCUGGGUUUUAGCUCAUCUCUAUCCUUUUGCUAAAGGGCUUAUGGGAAGAAGAGGGAGGACACCUACCAUUGUUUUUGUGUGGUCAGGUCUUAUUUCCAUCACCAUAUCCCUCCUUUGGGUGGCAAUCAAUCCCCCAUCUGGUACUAACCAAAUUGGAGGUUCAUUCCAGUUCCCUUGAUAGGACAUUCUUUAUGUUAAGGUGAAUCAGUUCAAUCGUAUAUUCCUUUAUUUAUUCUUUUUUUUUUUCGUACAAGCCGAAUAUAUUGGUGAAAAAACUAGGUAUGUUCUAUAUCAUGUGCCCAUCGGAAUAUACUUUAGGUUGGAUGGGAUCCGGUAAAUAAACUGGUUACCCUGCUCUUUUGUCGUUACUGUAUAAUGUUUACAUGGAUUACUCAAUAAUGCCUCUCAUUAUUUCUUUUGUGGUUGAUCAUCUUUAUGCUUAAAAUCAUUCUUUUUUGUAGCUUUGAUUGAAUGAUGAACAAAACCAAAAUCAACUGCUGUCCAUUUAAAAAAAAAAAAAAAGCAAAUCACUGUUGUAAUAUUUGUUCAUUUUCCAGGCAGUUUUCCCACAUUGUGAAAAUCUAGACAUGUCAAAGUAAAUUUUUUCUCAGAGUUUCUCCUUCAAAACUAGUUACAUAGCACAACUCACUGAUUUUCAAUGUGCACUACUUUAAUCCUCGUUAUGUAUUAAAUUUUUAGUCUGAGAGAGCCAAUGUACCUACUACACAUUCACUAUUGAUUGCCUU